AUGUCGUUCCAUUGGUCCUCGUCGUCUGUCUUGGAUAAUCUCUGGAAGAACUUGCUCGGUAUCAGCAGCCAAACCACUAAACAUAUCAAUAAACCCGUUGUAGAUGGCGUUAUCCUUGGUAGCAAGCUCGGUGAAAAACAACUUGCACAUGUCCACGAUUCCUGGGUCCUCGUUCACAUACAGUUUGGCCAUCUGCGCAAGUUGUCCCUUCACUUUGACCUGACCAGCAAGAAUCAAAAACGUAACCGUCAUCAAACAAGUACGUUGAACCAUGAUAUCCUUGUCCUGCAAACGACCGUACAGGAAAUCCUUACUGGCAUCAACAACGUUGUUGAAACAAACAGCCAUAUCUCCAAGUCCCAGAACUGCGUUACUUCUCACGACAGGAUCCUGGGAAGACUCCAUCACUUUCAAGAACAGUCCAAGGUUCUCUUCGCAGAAUCUUGGAGAUAUGCACAUGAGUUUCGACAAACACAAAAUGGCCUGCCGUUGCAAUCUCUCGUCGUUAGCAAUACAUGCAAACCGACAAAGGAUCCAGUCGUCGCUUUGUGGAUCGAGCCCAAUUGCGAGGAUAAGGUCCAAUCCCUUCAAAGCAAUACCGUUAUCGACCAAGGCCAGCAUUCCGAGAUUAAUGAUGGCACCCCGUCUUUGUCUUUUGCUCGAUGCUUCGCCAUUGAAGAAUUGCCAAAGAACCUUCACCACAUGCUGGUCAAUAUAAUCUUUUGCAUAGAGCUCUCCCAGCAAUUUUUCAAGCGAGGCCAGGUCAGCGACAGAGGUGUUGAAUGUGAGCUUGAUCAAGUUGGAAGCGAUGUAUGA